AUGAGCCCCAUUGAGUUACCUCCAUCGACUUCCGAGGAAGCAGACAGGAGGCAAUCGCAUGACUAUCCGAACAUGACGAAAGGCAACCCAAUACAAGAAAAGGUGUUUUACCACCAAUUCUUCCCCUCUCCAACACCCAGCACACACCCCAUUGUUUCCAGAGACAUCGGCGUAAGCCGCUAUCGAAUUGCUUCUAUGGCGGCGCGUUUCCGCAGUGCCUGGCUUGGUACUUCGGUUUUACCCGAAGCGCAGGGUGUCCGGGGACUUUCUCCCAAAGCAAAAUUGGAAAAGGGAGCGAGGCUUCCUUUUGUGUGUGAGCUUUGA